GAUUGUUGCCGUUCAUUGCCCACCACCACCGUAUUCUCCUCGGCUCUUCUCUUCAGUGAUCCCUUCGCCUGUUUGUUUGAAAGAAGCCCAACAUGUCGGAGCAGUCCAUUCCUGAUCAGACCGCCGUGCAGCAGCUCGCCGCCGCUGUGGAGGCUGCCUCGGUGCCUGCCUCUGGCAGUGCUCACAAGCCCAAGGUCCUGAUGAUGGUAGGCAUGGCUGGAUCUGGAAAGACGACGCUCGUGCAGCGGCUGGCUGCCGAGCUGGCCGCCCAGAAGAAGCGUGUCUACACGAUCAACUUGGACCCGGCCGUUGCGCAGAUCCCCUAUUUUGCCAACAUCGACAUUCGCGACACGAUCACCUUCAAGGAUGUCAUGACGCAGUUCAAGCUUGGCCCCAAUGGUGCCAUCAUGACGGCCCUGAAUCUGUUCACCACCAAGUUCGACCAGGUGAUGGAAUACCUUGAGAAGAGUGCUUCCGAGAUUGACUACAUCAUCGUCGACACGCCUGGGCAGAUCGAGGUCUUCACUUGGUCGGCCUCCGGAACCAUCAUCACGGAAUUCCUGGCCCACUCAUACCCCACGUCGCUCAUCUACACGGUGGACUUGAUGCGGUGCCUGAAUGCGACCACCUUCAUGUCCAACAUGCUGAUGAGCUGCUCCAUCCUGUACAAGACGCAGCUGCCGUACAUCAUUGCCUUCAACAAGGCGGACAUCACUUCGCACGAGUUCGCCAUCGAGUGGAUGACCGACCCGGAUGCCCUGAGCGAUGCCCUUGAGCGGGAUACCACAUAUAUGGCUUCCUAUGUGCGGUCCAUGGCCCUGGUGUUGGAGGAGUUCUACGAGCAUCUUCGCUGUGUCGGUGUGUCGGCCCUUGUCGGGUCGGGCAUGGAUGAGUUCUUCGAGGCGCUCGACGAGUCGCUGGUGGAUUACGACACCAAGUACCUGCCGAUGUUGGAGGAGCUGAAGGCCGAGCGCCUGCGCAACGAGGAGGCCAAGCGCCAGGCCCUGCUGGCCAAGUACCAGCGAGAUAUGGCGGCCGAGCGUCGGAAGCAGCGCCAAGCCGAGCGCAAUCCCUGGGACAGCCCGCAUGCGUCGGAUGAUGAGGAUGAGGAUGAUGGCGAUACCUUCGGCAUGGACUCGGCGAUUGAUCCGUUCGCCGAGCACGAGGAGGACUCCUAUGAUGAGGAUGACUUUGACAUCGGCGGCCAGUACUCGGAUCAGUUUGAGAGCAGUGACGAGGAAGAUGGCGAGGGUGGCUUCCUGCCCACGGGGGCCACCAUGUCGGGGGCCAUGGGGGCGACGGGCACACCGCGCCGCCAUGAGGACACCCUGGCCGCGGACCUGGCCCGUUUGGGGCUUGGGCCACUGAACAGUAGCCGGUCGCCUGGCGGGGACGCCGCGUCUACCAGUGCCUACCUGCAGGUGCUUGAGGGCAUGAGCCGGUCAAAGGUGUCCGACGAAUAACGCGGGAACAAAGGAGGCGAAGGGGAGAGGGGGGCGGGGGACGCCCAUGCGAGGCUGGCAUUUGCCCUUUUCCCCCCCUGCACAGGCCGAAAGUCCCCCUUCCCUGUCCCUGCUCCUCGUGCUCCUCCUGCUCCUCCUCCUCCUCGCUUUUUGGGCGUUUCAGAUAUAGAUACACACCUGUUGUGAGA